GUAGCUGAGUGGAAUUUUCCAGAAGAGAGGUACUGUACGCCCUGUGCUUGAAUUGUAGUGACGACAGCAGAAGAGUAGAGACGUGAACGGUCGCGGAAAUAGAUCGGUUUUAUUCACGAUAUUUUCAAUACCUUCUCAAAAUCUUUCGCUGGUUACUUUUCAAAAGGUGUCCGCAUAGUACUGGUUAAUAUCGUCGUUACCCCAAAUACGGUUUCAACUCAAGCGCUCGCUUAUCUGUUUGUCCCAAGACAAUGACCAAAGGAGACGAGACUGAUCCAAUGGCCAGCAUUGACCAGAGUGAUGGUCUCAGUGGGUGUUCUGAUCAGAGUAGCCCUUCAUCUCACUACUCCAGUUAUAAAAGUAGAACCUCCCCGACCUGUGACACCUACAGGGGACAGCACAGGUCUUCAUCAUCAAGCAGUGGUUCCUCCUCUCGUUCCAGGUCACGCUCGCAUCCUCGUUGUCAUAGACAUUCCCACUGCAGCAGCCAUCAAAGAUACAAUUAUGACCGCCACCGCUCAUCCCGCAGCUGUAGGGCCCACUCUCGAUCCUACAGCCCCUCACCCUCGCCAGACAGGUACUGCAGGUACCGUAGACGCAGCAGUUCCAGGUCAUGCUCCAGGUCUUAUUACAAGUCUUCAAUGGGUUGGAGGAGGCGUGGUACAGCUGAGAGUCGAUUUAACAAGUUUUCCAGAUCACCAACCAGAGCCUACAGGAGCUCCUCGGGGUCAUCCGGAAGUUCAGUCAGUUUGAGCUUGGAAGAUAAACGAGAACUUCUGAAAACGGCAAAAGUCAAUGCUAUGAAGCUGCUGGGUGUGGAGAAACUGGAACUUCCUGAGAGUGUGAAACCAAUUCUGCCAGAGGAGCCAGAAUGGACGUUGGCCUCUCCAGAGCCAUGGGUGAGACCACACCCUGAAAAGAUGUCAUCAAAGAGCAAUGAUCCGGAAGCCACUACCACCAGCCUGAAGAUGUCCCCAAAAUUAAAAGCCAUAACCUUCAACAUCAAUAACUGUGUGGCGAAGCCAACAGCGACCUCGCCAUCUAGUACUGAGGUAACUACCAGAGUUGACAGCUAUGAAAGCAGCAGGCCCUAUGGCCACUGGAUCCCAGUCAUGUCCAGCCAGUCCUCCAGUGCACGCAAACAAAAACGCAAGAAGACACAUUAGGAUGGGCAUCAACAAUGCUGCAAAUACUGUACAUAGUCAGUUUAUCGUGUUUUUUUUCCCCAGACGAUUUAAGUGGGCAGAAGUGUUGAAAUCAUUCAGGUGGGAUUAUUUCUUUCCCUUGGUUCUGUGUUUAUGUUGCUCCAAUAAAAUGUUGUGAUGAAACUAAA